GCCUGUUGGAUUACAGCAUGUCGUGUGCCGUUUUGGGUGGUUCCGACCUGAGCAGUUUACAAUAUCUGUGAAACAUACGGCUGGGAAGCAUCAUAAAAAGCUCUCCCUGGAGCCCUGUGCGGUCUCGCUGCAGGGGGUAAUGAUCUUUAAUUAAAGAAUGGACUCUAACAUUGUGGCGGAACUUCUCCUCCCAGUGUAAACGUUUCCAUCGCUCUUUUAUGAUAACAGAAAAACCGAGUGAAGCAGAAAUGUGACAACACUUGCUACGAGGCUUUCAGAGCGUUGACAGCUCUAGGUUUGCCCGUGCAAGGGCAACAACACGGACAAGGAAACCCCGAGGAUCAGGGCCUCCUGUCCGGAUGACACCGGCAGGACCCACCGGCCACACGGCUCUCCUUAGCUAGCACGAGCUAAGCGAACAAAUGUCUUCCCUGGAUUCGAAAAAAAAGGAUAACUUAAUUUUGACAACUUUAUUUGAGACGUGUGGGAGUUGUUAAGGAGUUUUCUAUCACCGGAUGGACGGACAGCAUUCUCUGUAGGACUGAAAGUGACUGAAAACUGCGAGAGGUUCUCCAGGCAUGAUGGAAGGACUUCACAACCAGGCUAUAAGCCUGGACCCACGCAGGCAGGAACUGCUUGAGGCUCGUUUCACUGGAGUUGGUGUACCCAAGAGUUCAGCCAACAGUGAAUCAUCCAACCAGUCUCUUUGCAGUGCGGGAUCACUUAGUGACAAGGAACUGGAGACCCCAGAGAAGAAGUCCAAUGACCAGAGACGCAGGAAGAGAAAGGGAGACAUCUAUGACAGCAACAGCCAGGGAAAAGGGAGAGGGCACAAAAUAAGUGAUUAUUUUGAGUUUGCCGGUAGCAGUGGCUCUGGCACCAGUCCGGCCCGGGGCAUCCCCAUGCUGGUGCGCUCCUCUCCACAGCACUCACUGUCUAAUCCUCUGUUUCAGCAAGGCAGUCCCUCGUCCACAGGCUCAGCCCACACAGACUCUUCCUCUUGCAGCUCUGUGAAGACAGCCCCCACACACUCAUGCUCGCACAAAGCCAGCCAGUCAGAACUGACGCUGCUGAAACUGUCAGCACUGGAGAAGGACAAGAACUCCGACCUGGAGAAGAAAGAGGGGAGGAUAGAUGACCUGCUGAGGGCUAACUGUGACUUGAGACGGCAGUUGGAUGAGCAGCAGAAGAUGUUGGAGCGCUACAAGGAACGGCUUAACAAGUGUGUCACCAUGAGCAAGAAGCUCCUAAUUGAAAAAUCAAAGCAGGAGAAGAUGGCUUGCAGGGACAAGAGCAUGCAGGAUCGUCUGCGUCUAGGCCACUUCACCACCGUACGGCAUGGAGCCUCCUUUACAGAGCAGUGGACAGAUGGAUAUGCCUUCCAGAACCUCAUCAAGCAGCAGGAGCGAGUUAACAUGCAGCGGGAGGACAUUGAGAGGCAGAGAAAGUUGUUGGGAAAGAGGAAACCUCCCUCCAUGGCCCAGACACUUCCACCCAGCCUGGAACAGAGCAAACGAAAGAGCAGGAGCAACGGCCAGGAGAGUGAAGUGUUGUCACUGGCAGAAUAUCACGAGCAAGAGGAGAUUUUUAAACUUCGAAUUGGUUAUCUAAAAAAGGAAGAAGCAGAGUACCAGACUGAACUGGAGCAUUUGGAGCGUGUAAGAAACCUACACAUUCGUGAGCUGAAGAGAAUCCAUAACGAGGACAACUCUCAAUUCAAAGAUCAGCCCACGCUGAACGACAGAUAUCUGCUAUUACAUUUACUUGGAAGAGGUGGCUUUAGUGAAGUUUUUAAGGCUUUUGAUUUGACAGAGCAACAGUAUGUGGCCAUUAAAAUCCACCAACUUAACAAGAACUGGAGGGAGGAGAAGAAGCACAACUAUCACAAACACGCCUGUAGAGAGUACAGAAUCCACAAAGAACUUGACCACCCUCGAAUAGUCAAACUCUACGACUAUUUCUCACUCGACACAGACUCGUUCUGCACAGUGCUGGAGUACUGUGACGGCAAUGAUCUGGAUUUCUACUUGAAGCAGAAUAAGCUGAUGAGCGAGAAGGAAGGCCGCUCUAUCGUCAUGCAGAUCAUCAACGCCCUCAAGUACCUCAAUCAUAUUCGCCCACCCAUCAUCCACUACGACCUCAAGCCUGGAAACAUCCUCUUAGUUAAUGGCACAGCAUGUGGAGAGAUUAAAAUUACUGACUUUGGCCUGUCCAAGAUCAUGGAUGAUGACAGCUACAACUCUGCAGACGGCAUGGAGCUCACCUCUCAAGGAGCAGGGACCUACUGGUACCUGCCUCCUGAGUGCUUUGUGGUGGGCAAGGAGCCCCCCAAAAUAUCCAACAAGGUGGAUGUUUGGUCAGUAGGGGUCAUCUUCUACCAGAGCUUAUAUGGACGCAAGCCGUUCGGUCACAACCAAUCACAACAGGAUAUCCUUCAAGAAAACACAAUUUUAAAAGCCACUGAGGUGCAGUUUCCCCCCAAACCUGUGGUCUCCACGGAAGCAAAGGCCUUCAUUCGCCGUUGCCUGGCUUAUCACAAGGAGGACCGUGUGGAUGUGCUGCAGUUGGCCAGCGAGCCCUUCCUAAUGCCCCAUAUACGCAAAGCCCUGGCCAGCAGCACACCUCAGGCACCUCCUCUCCCCUCCACCUCCAGCUGCUACGGCAGCAGUGCCUCCAACUGAAACAGGCUGAAAGAAACCGGGAUAAAACCCUGGUGAGGACAAAGCCACGCAGAGACAUUCCACACUUGAUCAAACUCCUCCUUUUUGCUCUCUUGAUUGUGAGCGGGCAGAGAGCAUGAUGGGAUGUAGGAAUCCUAAAAGUGUGAAUGGAACCAAAAUGAUGGAUGAAGUGGUGAUGUAGUAGGAAUUGUGCCCACCACGAUCAUCCAAGUGCUAAAGAUGAGGGGCUGGUCUGUGGCUGCGGGCUCAGUAGAACCCAAAGAUGUGCCCAUAUGCAUGCACUAACAAAAACCUUUCAAGGAGCACCUGAAAAAUUGCACAACUGACAGGCUAAGAAGUAUGCCAUUUGUGGACCUGUACUCUGUGGAAGAUGUAGAAGCAUUCAUCCCAAUCUGCUCAAAAUGCGUCAUCUAUCAAACUAUUUUCCAGAACUAAAGUGGUCAGUUUCAAAUAUGUAUCCCUAUAGGUUUGAACCUGGGACUUUUAGGAAGGGCUCCUACAGGUAGACUGACCAAAGUCCAAGGUCUACCUUGUUGACAUGGAACUAUUAGAGGUUCAUACAUAUUUUGAUGGAUAACAGGAAGUCAGCUUAUUUUAAUUAAGUCCAUAUUUUUCCAUGAAAUGUACCCCCUCUAAUGUUUUAACCUUAUAGGGGGGCUGACUGAGUGAGUGCUGUAAUGAGUUAAGAUUACACAGAAAUAAUUAUGAAACCAUUAAAACAUUUGAUUAACUCUG